CCGCCCUCUGCGCCCCGCGGCGCCCCCCGGUCCCGCCCGCCAUGCCCGGCCCGGCCGCGGGCAGCAGGGCCCGGGUCUACGCCGAGGUGAACAGCCUGAGGAGCCGCGAGUACUGGGACUAUGAGGCUCACGUCCCGAGCUGGGGUAAUCAAGAUGAUUACCAACUGGUUCGAAAACUUGGUCGGGGAAAGUAUAGUGAAGUAUUUGAGGCCAUUAACAUCACCAACAAUGAGAGAGUGGUUGUAAAAAUUCUCAAGCCAGUGAAGAAAAAGAAGAUAAAACGAGAGGUUAAGAUUCUGGAGAACCUUCGUGGUGGAACAAAUAUCAUUAAGCUGAUUGACACUGUGAAGGACCCCGUGUCAAAGACCCCAGCUUUGGUAUUUGAAUAUAUCAAUAAUACAGAUUUUAAGCAACUUUACCAGAUCCUGACAGACUUUGAUAUCCGGUUUUAUAUGUAUGAGCUACUUAAGGCCCUGGAUUACUGCCACAGCAAGGGAAUCAUGCACAGGGAUGUGAAACCUCACAAUGUCAUGAUAGAUCACCAGCAGAAAAAGCUGCGACUGAUAGACUGGGGUCUGGCAGAGUUCUACCAUCCUGCUCAGGAGUACAAUGUCCGUGUAGCCUCGAGAUAUUUCAAGGGCCCGGAGCUCCUUGUGGACUAUCAGAUGUAUGAUUACAGCUUGGACAUGUGGAGUUUGGGCUGUAUGUUAGCCAGCAUGAUCUUUCGAAAGGAGCCCUUCUUUCACGGACAGGACAACUACGACCAGCUUGUUCGCAUUGCCAAGGUUCUGGGUACAGAUGAGCUGUAUGGGUAUCUGAAGAAAUAUCACAUAGACCUAGAUCCACACUUCAACGAUAUCCUGGGACAACAUUCACGGAAACGCUGGGAAAACUUUAUCCAUAGUGAGAACAGACACCUCGUCAGCCCUGAGGCUCUAGAUCUUCUGGACAAACUUCUGCGAUAUGACCAUCAACAGAGACUGACUGCCAAAGAGGCCAUGGAGCACCCGUACUUCUACCCCGUGGUGAAGGAGCAGUCCCAGCCUUCUGCAGACAAUGCUGUGCUUUCCAGUGGCCUCACGGCAGCCCGGUGAAGACUUGGAAGGCGACGGGUCUGUUGCGGUUCCUCCCACUUUUCCAUAAGCAGAACAAGAACCAAAUCAAAACGUCUUAACGUGUGUAGAGAGAUCACGUUCCGUGAGCAGACACAAAAUGGUGGCAGGUUUGGCCAGCACGAACCAGACCAACCGAAGGGGCAGCCCACCACCGUAUAUCAAACCUCACUUCUGAAUGUAAAAGGUUCAUACGCCUUUGGCUUCCUGUUGACUUCCUCCUGACCCAGAAAGCAUGGGAAAUGUGAAGGGUAUGCAAAAUGGUCGUGGGUUAUUGUUGCUCCCCUGCUCCCCCUUGACUCGGCCUGUGGCCACCAGCAGACCACGUUAACUAGCCGACCACAGACUCCACAGUGGGGGUACGGGGGCAAUCUACGGCAUGACGGGCAGUUACAUAUUAUAAUUUUAAAAGUAUAUAUUAUUGAAUAAAAGGUUUUAAAAGAAA